UUUACAUACGUUUUUCCGAAAGUCUCAGAAAUGUGAGAUUUCAUAUUUUUACUUUGAAAAUGAUCUGCUACAUGAUAUAAUGCAAGGUUCAAGACCUGUCCGACCUCACCAUGAUGAAGCCCCGCCCAGAAGUUGCAGUUGUCCUCCAAUUAGAACGCGCCUUCUUUUCCAUUUCAUCCAAUCGGAUCUAGGUUUGCUGCGCGGACGUUCAGUGCGUGCAUUUCUGAUUGGUCGAGCGGCGCUCUGGUGUGACCCAAGGCUUUACGCCGAAGUUGGGGGCGGAGAAGGAGGGGUGACACUAAUGGCGCAUCGCUGUCCGACCGAUCCAGCUCUCCACAAAUAAACAACAGCAGUACUUCACGAUCUGGCCUAAUCUGUGCUUCUCACAGUCGCACCGCGCUGUAGCCUCGUUUUGCGCUUUUGCUCAUUGAGCAGAUCGCCUGGACUUCUUUCUAGCGGCUGCCCGGAGCACAGAGGCCCAGUGGAAAUACUGUGGCUCGAGAAUAUGUAACAAACGUCAACAUGACGUCCAGAUUUAGUAAAACAUAUACUCGCAAGGGAGGAGAGGCCAGCUCCAAGUUUGAUGAGGUGUUUUCUAAUAAGAAAGCUACGCUUAGCACCAAAUGGGGAGAGACCACCUAUAAGGCACAGUUGGGGGUCAAACGGCCCUUGUUCAAGCCAGAGGUUCCCGAGCUGACUAAACGCCCCCGCUUUGAGGAUGAUGACAGCUCAGAGGACCCGUUUGGGUUUGAUAGCGACGAUGAGUCCAAAACUGUCACAUCGAGAGAUACUCCACAAACUGAGACGAGCACAGAUGCAGCAGGAUCUGAGAAGGAGCAGUUGAAGACCCAGGCAGAAAAGCCCAGUCAGAGUCCAGCGUUGACCGCCGUGUGUACUUCCACCUUGGGUAGCAGCCAGAACGUCAGCACCAGGGUGGUUGGUAUGAAUAGCCCAGCUACAAUAUCUCCAGCCUCAUCACAUGUCACUGGCUCUGUAGGAGCCUGGAGCAGAUCCAGUGUCACAGUAAGUAAACCAGUCUCCCAGAUCUCCAGCUUAAAAACCCACAGCAGAAACAUCUGCGAUGAGUGGGACCCUUUCGGGGAGGACUCUCCUCCAGGGGCCGGCGAGGGGAGUUCUACCCAGGCUGGAAACUCUUCUGAUGGCCUCAAAAGCUCUGAACAGUGCCCCGCUGAACCUGAACCUCCAGUGGAGCCUGUUGACUUUGAGCAGCUUCCGCUUCUUAAACCAUCCAGCGACAGAGUGUACCGACGGCCACGGUAUAAAGGGACGGAUAGUUCUGGAGCCAGCGACGUGCCGGUUCCUGCUGUGACUUCAACACCAGCCUGUGCGCUGGUUAAGAGCACCGCUGCAGGGGUCGCUGGGACUUCUGAAGUCAAGCCUGCAGGUCGGGGCCGGGUGAGGGACUACACGGUCCUUCACCCAUCCUGUGUGUCUGUGUGUAACGUGACCAUCCAGGACUCGAUGGAAAGGAGUGUGGAUGAUCUUGUCAGCCCAGUACAAGCUGACAUCGGAGAGGCGGGAACUUUCAGGAGGAAAACAGAUGCCCAACCUUCCAAGCCUACUAGGUUCAGAACCACUCAGAGUAAAAGUAAAAAAGAGACAAAACUGGAGUUUUUCGGCUUUGAGGAGAAUGAGGCCCAGGACACAGAUGGAGACGCCAUUGCAUCCGGCAGCACCAGCUACAAGAUCAAAUACUUUGGUUUUGACGAUCUGAGUGAGAGCGAUAGUGAGGAUGAGGACGACGUGGCAGCUAAGGAGAGGAAGAAGAAUAAGAAAUCAGUGACGGAAGCUUUGGCAGCCAGCGUGGGCAGUCCCCAGAUCGACGACUCGCAGGAGAGUCAACAGAGUCAAAGCAGCCUAAGCACAGAUUCUCAGGAGUCGCUGGAUGAGACAGGUGCUACAGACUCACAGAAGGAACGACAUGGAAAGCAAAGCGACAAGUCAAAGGACAUCGGACGCAAGAUCUUCAGCGGGCCAAAAAAAUCCCCUGCUAAAGCCGUAUAUAACGCGCGUCACUGGAAUCAACCCGAGCCGGAGGAAGUGCCUCCUCCUGCUUCCUCUCGUACUGUGGCUGUACCUAAGGCUAGUGUGUCCAGCAGCAGCAAAGACACAAACUCCCAUAAAGACGAUGGUGUGUUUAAAGCCCCGCCACCUCCUCCUAAAGUCAUCAAGUCUGUCACUAUCCCCACUGAGCCAUACCAGGACAUCGUCACUGCACUCAAAUGCAGGAAGGAGCACAAGGAGUUGUACACCGUGGUCCAACAUGUGAAGCACUUUAAUGAUGUAGUGGAGUUUGGGGAGAAUCAGGAGUUCACUGAUGACUUUGAGUAUCUGGAGACGGGCCUGAAGAGCACACAACCCCUCAACACACGCUGCCUUAGUAUAAUCACUCUGGCCACACGCUGUGCCAUGCCGAGCUUCCGCAUGCACCUGAGGGCCAGAGGGAAGGUGGCCCAGGUCUUUAAGAUGCUCAGUGAUGCCCAACAGCACCCGAACCUGGCACUCUGCACAGCGUCUCUGAUGUACAUCCUGAGCCGAGACCGGCUAAAUAUGGAUCUGGACCGGUCCUGUCUGGAGCUGAUGAUCAGGCUACUGGAACUAGAGCAGGAUGACGUCUCCGUAGCAGACCAGUUAACCGCUAAAGAGAUGAGCCGAGUCAAAGAGAAGAUCCGCAAACUCUGCGAAACAGUCCACAACAAGCAUCUGGACCUAGAAAACAUCACAGCGGGUCACUUAGCGAUGGAGACAUUACUGUCUCUGACAUCGAAGCGAGCCGGAGACUGGUUUAAAGAAGAGCUGCGCUUGCUCGGGGGACUGGACCACAUCAUAGAUAAAGUGAAAGAGUGUGUGGAGAACUUGAGUAAAGAAGAAGACAAAGAGAGUCUGGUGGCAUCGCUCUGGGGAGCAGAGCGCUGUUUACGAGUUCUGGAGAGUGUUUCAGUCCAUAACCCUGAGAACCAGGCUUAUCUGAUCGCCUACAAGGAGUCCCAGCUCAUAGUGUCCUCGGCAAGGGCCCUGCAGCAUUGUGAGCAGAUGAUACAGCGUUACAGCCGAGAGGUCUCUUCAUCAAGCUCCGCCCUCCCGCAGAGUAGUCAUAGCAACGUGGGCAAGGCCGUGGAGGAUUGUAUGAGAGCUGUUAUCGGAGUUCUGCUCAACCUCACACAUGAUAAUGAGUGGGGCAGCACUAAAACAGGGGAGCAGGAUGGCCUCAUACAGACAGCACUGGACUGUGUUCUGAAGGUCCCACGUUAUUUGCCUCAGGAGCAGAGAUUCGAUAUCCGCGUCCUGGGUCUGGGUCUGCUGAUAAAUCUGGCGGAGUACAGUGCCAGAAACAGACACUGUCUUGUGGAGAUGGAGGUGGACUUAAGCUACUUGAUGGAGAUGGAGGUAGAUGUGAAGACCGAAGGAGUGGAGGAGAGUAAGAUGGAUAAACAAAAAGAGGAUAAAAGAGAGGGCGAGAAGGGACCCAUGACAGCAAAGUCGUCAAACGCGCUGGCCGCUCUGGUUCAGCUCUUUCUUGAACGGGAGCGAGCAGCAGUGCUAGCUGAGGCACAGACCGAUGACCUCAUAAGUGAGGCGCCCAAAUCUCAGGCAGACCAGAGUGGAGAGUGGAAGGAAACAUCUGGAGAGAUCCAGUGGGUCGCCUCAGAAACCAACGAAACCAACGAAACAAAUGACAAGAAAGAAGAGGAGGAAGAGGAGCUCGACCUCAAUAAAGCCCUGCAGCAUGCUGGGAAACACAUGGAGGACAGCAUUGUGGCUUCAUAUUCCGCUCUUUUGCUUGGGUGUUUAUGUCAGGAGAGUCCGAUGAAUGUGAAAACCGUACGGGAAAACCUUCCUAAGGGAGAUUUCUCUAUUAUGGCUGAAAUGCUAAAGAAAUUUCUUAAUUUCAUGAACCUGACGUGUUCUGUUGGAACUACAGGACAGAAAUCUAUCUCACGGGUGAUUGAUUUUUUGGAGCACUGUUAGCAGAGGUGUCACAGUUCCCCCUCUUCCGUGGGAUAAAUCUGGACCUGGCAACGUGCCUUAGGCCCUUCAGGACAAGAGGCAGCCGAUCCGGUGGCAAAGGUGGUUAAACGUCGCUACGGUCACGUCACCAGAGUGGCUCGCUGCAGAGACUUUCAUGUUUUUUAGUUUUUUCCUCUCACUUUCUUUUCGCUUGUUUUAAAAUUGUGUUUUAAAAUGCUGUCUCUUUCUCUCAUGCUCACACACGUACACACACACUCAGUUGUGUGUUUGCAUACUAUUUGGUUAUUGAAGCACUGAUCCUCAUGUAAAACAAAAACUAAGCUGUUUUUAAAACAAAAGAAUGAUUUUAAGCUAGUUGUCCUUGUUAGCAGUAUAAAGAUUUAGCCUAAACCUAGUAACUUAUUGAUAUUUCAAACACUGAGGGCUGAGGCUUUGUUCAGACUCGAGAUGCAAAUCCGCUUUGCUUUUCUGACUGUUUACACACGAUGUUUGUUCAAACAGUGCAGUCGGUAUCUGUAAUAUUUACAUUAGUAAAGAUGAUCCCGAGAGACUUUCUUACACAGUUGUAGAAACUGGAAACUUCACCACUGCUCAAGACACAAGCAUUAAGAGGCAUUUUUCGCAUUUAUGCAGUGUUUUUAAAAGAAGUCUCUUAUGCUCACCAAGGCUGCUUUUAUUUUACAGUGAAAACAGUAAUAUUAUGAAAUAUUGUUACAAUUUAAAAUAAGUGUUUUCUAUUUUAAGACAUUUUAAAAAUGAGUCUAUUCCUGUGAUGGUAAAACUGAAUUUUCAGCAGUCAUUACUUUAGUGAGUGUUUUUAACUGAAUGCAUCCUUACUGAAUAAAAGUCUUCUUUUGUUUGAAAAAAGAACUGUUACUGGUCCCAAACAUUUGAACAGCGGAACACAUGCUGUGUGCCAAAUGACAAAACCUUUUGAUUAGAU